GCAGGGAUGAUGGUGUUCAUUUAGUGGUUCUUUUAUUACGUUCUUCGCAUCCUCUAUUUAAUUGGGUGUUUCUUGUCUUACUGCACUCCGUUAAACGACCCAGUCUCAUUAAUUCGGCUGCACAGAUCUGGCCUAUCUGAAUACCGAUGGUUCAUUUGAAAAACUGGGCGCUAAUUUUGAAUCUGAGGAACGUUAUUAGAAACGCGGCUCGCUCACGUGCCGAGGGCCUACCGCGCAUGCGCCAGAGAAACAAGAUGGCGGAGAGUGCGGAAUUGAAGCAAAUGGUGAUGAGCCUGCGUGUCUCUGAACUGCAAGUACUCCUAGGAUACGCAGGUCGCAAUAAGCACGGGAGAAAGCACGAACUAUUGACCAAAGCACUCCACUUGCUGAAGGCUGGCUGCAGCCCUGCUGUACAGAUGAAGAUCAAGGAGCUGUAUCGCCGCCGUUUCCCCACAAAAAUGGUGUCCCCGACAGACCUCUCUCUCCCUGGGGUCCACUCCACAACAGGUGUAGCAUCUGCAGGUUUGCCUGCCGGCCUCACCCAGCUCGGGUUUGACAGCCACGGCGCACCUUCGCCUCUGCUGCCUGUCUCUCUCCUGGGGCCCAAGCACGAGCUGGGCCUUCCACACCUUCCUUCUGCCCUGCAUCCUGUCCAUCCAGACGUCAAGCUUCAGAGGCUUCCUUUCUACGACGUGCUGGAUGAACUGAUCAAGCCUACCAGCCUGGUUCUUCCUUACUAUAAGCAGAUUAAAUUGACCUCAGACAACAAUCAGAGGUUUCAGGAAACAUGUUUUGCAUUUGCUUUGACGCCACAGCAAGUCCAACAGAUCAGCAGUUCAAUGGACAUCUCUGGGACCAAAUGUGACUUUUCAGUACAAGUUCAGUUAAGGUUUUGCUUAUCAGAGACGAGUUGUCCUCAGGAAGACCAUUUCCCACCAAACCUCUGCGUGAAAGUGAAUGGAAAGCCCUGUAACCUCCCCGGCUAUCUUCCUCCAACUAAAAAUGGAGUAGAGCCAAAAAGACCAAGCAGACCCAUCAACAUUACCUCUCUGGUCCGUUUAUCCACAACAGUCCCCAACACUAUUGUGGUAUCUUGGACAUCAGAAAUCGGCAGGAGUUAUUCCAUGGCAGUGUACCUCGUGCGACAGCAGUCCUCUUCAGUAUUGCUCCAGAGACUACGGUCGAAAGGCAUCAGGAACCCAGACCACUCGAGAGCACUCAUCAAAGAGAAGUUGACGGCUGACCCUGACAGUGAGAUUGCUACCACUAGUCUGAGAGUCUCCCUACUCUGUCCGCUGGGGAAGAUGCGGCUGAUGGUUCCGUGCCGAGCGCUGACCUGCUCACACCUGCAGUGCUUUGACGCAACACUCUACAUCCAAAUGAAUGAGAAAAAACCCACCUGGGUGUGUCCAGUCUGUGACAAGAAGGCCCCAUAUGAACACCUCAUCAUAGACGGGUUGUUCAUGGAGAUCUUAAACAGCUGUGUAGACUGCGAUGAGAUCCAGUUUAAGGAGGAUGGUAGCUGGGCACCGAUGAUAUCCAAAAAGGUGGUGCAGGAGGUGUCUGCUUCCUCCAACGGUUUAGAGGGUUCAUGUCGACCAGUGCUGUCUGAGCACAAAAACAGUUCGUCCCACACCAGCAGUAGCAACAAUAAAAAAGUGGAAGUGAUUGACCUUACACUGGACAGCUCCUCAGAUGAUGAUAAUGAUGACGAGCCUCCUCCUAAACGAGCCUGUCCAUCCCUUUCGCCCACCUCGCCGCCAGUCACUAAAGGGGUGUUGAAUCUUCACCAUCAGGCAUCGCCAGUGACGCGUGCACCGAGCAUGCCAGCGGUGGAGACGAACUACAUUCCCCCUCCACCUCCUCUCAUUCAGGACUACCGCCACUAUUACCACACGCCCAGUGACCUGUCAGAUCUGAAUUUCUUUUCAUUUUUACCAGGGGAAAAUCAUCCGCAUUACAACAUGGUAAUGGCAGCAGCAGCCGCAGCAUCUGCCUCGGCGUCAACAUCAGAAGAUCAUGAGCUCCUCCGCUUCUUGCCCUAUAACUCCUCACAGCUGUACCUGGAGCAAGCAGGCACGGCACCAAGCAGUUCACUGGCACCACCCAAUGGCAGCGCGAGCAGCAGUAGCAGCCUGCGGGACAGCCAUGGGCACAGCAGUGUGUCCCGCUCACGGUCAGACACAGCUGCCUCAGUCAUAUACGGCUCCAUCCCCGACGUCAUCUCACUCGAUUGAGCACACAGGCACAGCAACCCAAAGACUGGCACGACGGGCUCUCGGCACCAUCCAUGGGAGGCGAGAGAAGCCUGGUGCACUUCAGGAGGAUUUAGGGAUGAAUGAGGCAGAAGGAAAAGAGGGGUGGGGAAAAAAUGAGGACAAAUACCUUUGUAAAAAAGAAGAAGAAGAAAAAGAAAACGCUGUACAGAGAAGAAAUAUCUAUUUUCAGUUUUACUUUUGUAUAUAAACAAUAGGACGCUGCCUGCCCAGUGAGUGACUUCAGUUCAUAUUUUUUGUGUGAAUACUGAAGGUGUUUUUUCACUUCUCCAUGUGCUGUCCCUUGACUUAAACUUAUUCUGUAUCUUUUAUACUCUUUUUGCUAUUUUAUUUCACCUCAAACACUUAUUUCAGUCCCAGUCAUUUUGAUCUUUUUUGAGGGGUCAGUAUGUUAUUUAAUGACACUUUGUUGUGCAGGUAAUUUAUGAUGCUUUUAAGUUAUGUAGUUUGUAUGCUGUAUAAAAGCAUUUCCUGAUGCCAUUACAGGAUCUAGCCAUGAGGCACGCUCAGAACGGCAGACACCUCUUAUUCCAGCUUUGCAUUUACCUCCAUCUAGCUCUCAAUAAAGUAUGCGAAAGAAAGAGAGAGUUUUUUUCAGAUAUUUAUGCAGAGAUCAUGUUGCACACAUCUCCCAACUUAUGAAACUAAAUGUUAAUUAUUAUGCUAAUUAUUUGAGGCUAAGUAGUUUGCUAUGAGUAAUUUAUCAACUGGGGAGACAUGUAAUUGAAGGUUUGGUACUAUAGUGUGAUGCAUUUAUGAAGUGAAUCAGUUAACCUAAGAAGUAUAUUUAGACUACGACAUGUAGCUGCAGAACAUUGUCCAUGAUGUGCCAUCUGAGUUUGUGUUUAAAUUAAGAAAUUUCUGUUCUAACAGAAGACUAAUUGAGGUCUAGUGGUCUGUCCACCUUCAGUUUUUACGAAACAAUGAAAUUAGAUCGUAAUUCAAACCGUCAUGAGGCAGACAUUGGGAAACAAAAAUGUUGAUAAAGAUUCUGUUGUCUAUGUUGAUUAGACUGAAAAACGCUGUAUUACAGUGAUCAGAGUUUAAGAGCAAUGACACGGGUACCAGGAAGUGGUUUAACACACAUUGCCUUCUGUGCUGGUACCUGCUGUUUCCUGCAUUAAGUUCUGUUCAAAAGCUGUGUCAUGUGCUACUCUUCUACAACGUCAAGUUUUCAGGACUGUGAUAAUCAUCUCUUUGAAGGGAUAGAUUGACAUUUUGACGAUUAAUAUAUUUUGUUACUUACAGUGAUAAAAAUCUGUAUCAUCAAUAUAUAUAUAUAUACUUUGACGAUCGGGUCGUAACAGCUUGAGAGGAAAUUUACAGAUUUUUUUUUUUAGCCAAUAGAAAAACACUGUUCUUUAUAAAUAUUUGGAUCUAUGAUCUACAUGUACAUAAGAACUCAAUCUUUGGACCUAUUUUCAACCAAAUCAACUUUUUCGAAGUCUGGUGCACACUUGUAAAAUUUUUUUUAUUGGCUUAGCAGAGAUUCCUUUUCAAACCAUUGUUGUAAAAGUGUUGUGCCUUGUUAUAUCACUGGUCCUAUAGAUCUUCUUUUGGCAUGCAGAAAUCUAAAAAUAGGUUUCUGCAUACUGGCAUUCACCUUAAUUUCUCCAUGUAGAAAGAAAGGUUUUAAUUGUCAGAAUGCUUAACUAUCCUUUUAAGUGACCUUUGAGUUUUAUUUAAAUGUUUUUUCCUGGUGAGAUCACAGCCACAUCAUCUUUGCCACCCCUCCCCUCACUCUUUGUUAAAAAAAAAAAAAAAAAUACAAAAAAAAUCUGAAUUUAUUUAUUUUUAAUCUAUAUAUUUUUAGUAUUUGUUUGACAAUUAUGCUUUACUGUCAUCGUACAUUUAUUUCAAUAUUAAUUAUUUAAAGAGCCCUUGUCACAUGCUUUGCAUUGUAACAAGCAUCUUGUUAUUCGUCUUUGUGUUCCUUGUUCUGUCAUAUUGAUUUAUGUCUGUUCUGUACAUUAAUUCCAUCUCCAGAAUCUAUGGUGUUGUCAGAUUUGACUAUUUCAUUGCAAUUAAACACUUAAACAAUGAAAGCCAGCUGAGUGUGGACAAACUCUGGCUCGAUUGUUAAGACCCCUUAAGAAAUGAUACGAGACUCAUCACAUAAUUUGUUUAGCCAUUGGCUCAUUAUGCACAGCCAUUACUACCUGUAUAAAUGUAAGCUUUCAUCAAAAUGUAGAUAUUGACUGUAGACACUAUCUACUAUUUCAUAUAGGCCAACAUUUAUACAUGUAGUACAUGCUAAUCAAACUCAUUAAUUUAAAAAAACAUUUGUGCACUGAGGGACCAUGACUUGACCAUGACAGAUCUUGGGAACUGUUCUUCAUGAGAAAAGUCUGCACUGGAAAAUUAAUUUUGGUGAGGCAUUAGAUUACACUGAACUUAAGCCAUGAUAAUGAAGUAGUCCAUAUCUAGAUUCAGGUAGAAGCACUGUCAUUUAAUUUUUUUCUAAAGAAUUGGCACACAGUGCCAUACUCGACUGACACUUAAACCAUUUCCCGGUUUCCAGACAGAAUCCUACCACUAGAGAAGCAACUUAACCCAUUUUAGCUGUACUGGUAAGACUGGUGUGCAUGAGAUCUCUCUGCCUUAAAUUCUUGUAUUAUUUUUAUCAUGAAAGAAAUCAUUAUGUAUAUCAAGCCACUAUCAGUUUGUACAAAACAUCAAAUUAUUUAUUAUUUGAUUUGGGAUACGUUGUUUACCUAAUGAAUGUUAAUUGUUUAUGUAGAGAGUGGUUUAGCUGUAAUAAAACACAUGCAACUAUUUACUAUUUCUGUCUUUUAUUAUCCAUAUUCUGCUCUCACUGUUCACUUGGCUCUGUUUGUUGGAUCUGCAUUUGGGAUACGUUAGUUCCAGGUUUGUUACCCUCAAUAAAUAUAAGCACAAACCACUGAAGAAACAAAUACCCUGAUUAAAGUAAUGGCCUGCAUCCAAACCACACAACGGAAAUCAGCACAGCAGGGGAGCCAAGCACGACUGGGGAGGUCAUUUCAGUUCCUCCAGGCCGGCGGGGGUAAGUAGGCCACCAACUGCAUAUACACUCUGAUUCUUAUAUACCAUUAGCUCCAGAAUUAUUGGCACCCAUGGUAAAGAUGGGCCAAAAAAUGUCUAGAUCUGAGUGUUUAGGAAGUCAUCCAUGACUUUUUACUGGGGUGUAAAUACACAAAUGAAAUCUUCAUAAAUCAGGCAACUGCUAUAAAACAAUGACAUGCAUGGAAGAAAAAAAAAAAACAGCUGCCAUUGUUAGAGCAAUAAUUAUGACGUUUAAAAGUGCCGGAAUUGUAAUGAGUACACAGUCGCAUUUUGCCCCCAUGCACAGUCGGGAGGAUGAUUAGAAUGGCAAAAACUUUUAUUUUUUCUGGAAACAAAUCCUCAUGGUGGGUUUGGUGUAAAAAAAA